UUAUUUACUUAUUUAUUGUUUAUUAUUUAUUAUAUUUCUUAUUUAAUUUUUCUUUUUUUUGAUUCAUUAAAAAUGAUUUUGGAUGAUCGAUUAAAACAAAUAUCGGGAGUAAAUAAAAAAUUCUCAAAUUGGUCAAAAGUAUUUGAAUGUAAACCUGAGUUAUUUUUUAUGCCAGAAAAUGAGGAUGAUAUUAUAAAGAUAGUUGAACUAGCUAAACGAUAUAACAAAAAUGUGAGAGCGAUCGGUGCAGGUCAUUCACCAUCCGAUUUAGCAUGUACUGAAGGUCUUAUGAUUAAUAUGGAUAAUUUUAAUAAAAUUAUCGAGAUCGAUUCGGAAAAUAAAACCGUAACAGCGGAAGCUGGUACAAGAGUAUAUAAACUAAAUGAAGUAUUACAGAAAAAUGGACUAGCAUUAAGUAAUUUAGGUUCAAUUUCCGAACAAAGUAUUGCUGGUGCUAUAUCAACUGCUACUCAUGGAUCAGGGAUUAAUUUUGGCAAUAUUUCUUCUCAGGUUAUUAGGUUAACUUUAUUAACGGCUUCAAAAGGAAUAAUAAAUUGUUCGGCUGAUGAAAAUGAUGAUGUAUUUAAAGCAUCAUUAUGUAGUAUAGGUGCAUUAGGGAUCAUAUUAAAAGUUAAAAUACGAUGUGAAUCAGCAUUUAAAUUAGAAUCUAAACAAUUUCCAAUGAAAUUUAAUGACAUAUUAAAUAAUUUAGAUUCUAUUGUUAAUUCUGCUGAACAUGUUAGAUUUUGGUAUUUUCCUCAUACAGAAAAUUGUAUUAUUUGGAAAGCUGAUAAAACAAUUAAGGAAUUGAACCCCCCAAAACAAAAUUAUUUUAAGGAUUAUAUAAUUUCAUUUCAUUUAUAUCAGUUUUUAUUAUACAUAUUACGAUAUUUUCCAUCAAAGCUUCCAUUAUUAAACCAAAAAAUGUUUAAUUAUAAAUUCUCUCAAGAAAAACAAUUCGUAGAUGAUUCUUAUAAACAAUUCAAUUUUGAUUGUUUAUUUCCGCAAUAUACUUCUGAAUGGGCUAUACCACUUGAAAAAACUAAAGAAGCUUUGGAAAAGUUAUACGAUUGGAUAAAUAAUAACAAAGAAAAUGUAUUUGUUCAUUAUCCUGUUGAAGUAAGAUUUUCGGAUAAAGAUGAUAUUUGGCUAAGUCCCGCUUAUAAUAGAAAAGUUUGUUACAUCGGUGUUAUCAUGUAUAGACCAUAUGAUAAACCUGUUUCUUAUAAAAAACUUUGGGCUGUAUUUGAAAAAAUAAUGAGAUCUUAUGAUGGAAGACCACAUUGGGCAAAGGCGCAUACAAUGACAACAAUUGAACUUGAAAAAACUUAUCCAAAAUUUAAAGAAUUUAUAAAAUUACAAAAAUCUUUAGAUCCAAAUGGAAUUUUUUUAAAUUCUUAUUUAAAAAGACAUUUAUUUAAUCAAAUGGAUGUUAAAGCUAAAUUAUAAAGAUUAGUCUAUUUCACAGAACUUUAGGAUUAUAGGAUUAAAUUUGUUAAUGUAACAUCUCCUGUAUCCACAUCAUAGUGAUGGUCAUUUGUAUUAAUGAAUAAUUGGACGAUUGGACUUUUAUACUUUUAUAAAAUAAUUCAUAAUUCAAGUUUAAAUAAUCAUUUUUUUAAAUAAAUAUUUAUCGAAGAAAAUUCGACUAGGAAUUUACUGAAAACGUUUAUGCGUAUUUCCCUUCUUUAUUAUUGACAAA